AACGGACUUGACCACUAAAAGCUAAGCACACCCCCGGCCAUGGCGCUCGCGUCCACCUCCGCCACCGCGCCCGCUGCCGUGCUCAAGACCCCGUUCCUUGGCGCCAGGCGCGCGCUCGCCAAUGCCGCCGCGCCCAAGCCCGCGCCGCGCCGCGCGCUCCUCGCCGUCGCCGCGGCCGCCGCCAAGAAGUCGUGGAUCCCCGCCUUCAAGAGCGACGCCGAGUUCAUCAACCCGCCCUGGCUCGACGGAUCGCUCCCUGGCGACUUCGGGUUCGAUCCGCUGGGGCUGGGCAAGGACCCGGCGUUCCUCAAGUGGUACCGGGAGGCGGAGCUGAUCCAUGGGCGGUGGGCGAUGGCCGCCGUGCUGGGCAUCUUCGUGGGGCAGGCCUGGAGCGGCAUCCCGUGGUUCGAGGCCGGCGCCGACCCGGGCGCCAUCGCGCCCUUCUCCUUCGGCUCGCUGCUGGGCACGCAGCUGCUGCUCAUGGGGUGGGUGGAGUCGAAGCGGUGGGUGGACUUCUUCAACCCGGACUCGCAGUCCGUCGAGUGGGCCACGCCCUGGUCCCGCACUGCCGAGAACUUCGCCAACUUCACCGGCGACCAGGGCUACCCGGGCGGCAAGUUCUUCGACCCGCUCGGCCUCGCCGGCACCGUCAAGGACGGCGUCUACGUCCCCGACGUCGAGAAGCUCGAGCGGCUUAAGCUGGCCGAGAUCAAGCACGCCCGCAUCGCCAUGCUUGCCAUGCUCGUUUUCUACUUCGAGGCCGGACAGGGCAAGACGCCGCUCGGCGCGCUUGGCCUAUGAUCUGCAUGCUGCCGCCCACGACGUGUGUCGUAUCAUCAGUCAUCCUGUGUGGCUGUGUGUUUGACUGUUUGUGCUCAUAGAUCGAUCGAAUCCACCGAGCUAGUUCUCGAUUGCGAGCGUCGUGGUACGGCUGCAUCGGAUCAGACGCAUCCAACAAAAUGGGGGAGUUUUUUUUUUGUUCUUCUUCUUCCGUGUAUGUACCAUGUAGUGUAUAGUAGUCUGGAUCGAUUCAUGGGACCAAUUAAGGCAGAAUGAGUGAGCGAGGGACAUUUCGUU